GUAAAUGUGAGAUGUGUUCUGAGCCGAGUUGCAGUCCUAUGCCUGCAUUCCUCACAUCAAGGAUUUCGCUUGCAAGAAUAUAGGCCUAUAUAUCAUAAAUAAUAACACGGACACCGAGUGGAAUACAGCUCCCUUCGUUUUAUUUCCAAAGGAUUUUAACUCCGGAAGAACUACCCUGGACUGACCAAGCGAAGUCGUCUGUCGAUCUACAUUUUCUGGGAAUAUAGCUGAAUUGAGAGCAUACAAAUGAGGUAGAGAAAAUAAAUAGCCUAGAUACGUCGUUUUAUCCGCUUUAAACGAGGAAAACAAGAUGGCUGAUGACAGCAAGCGACAACAAGGUUAAAACGACAUCGUCCCCUUUAAGAACUAGAAAGCCUGCUUUGAUAUAUAAACAUUUUAAGCUCCCCAGCUGAAGAGAGUACAUGCAUGACAUUACGUUGCUGGCUAUUGUUAAUUGAAAACGAUUACAAAUCUCUUCAGUCCGGGGACCAGUGGACCGUCGACAUGGCAAGAAUUAGUGUUUCGGAAAUGUCUUACAUCGCAAAUGAGGGCAGAUAGUUAAGAGCGAAAUAAAGAUAGCGAGGUAAGGUGAGCGCGAUCUGCUUCAAGACGGCGAAAAUAGAAAACUAGUAUCUAUACGAAACCCUUUUAACUCCAGAUUUACCCAUAGGAUCUAGUCUACGUGUGGUUUACGCCUGUAACGUUAGCCUAAUCCACUUUGUUCUUGUUUUCCCAAGUGACUUCCUUGUAUUUUCUCAAAUAUAAAAUAAAUAGGCUUUAUUUAAACCAUAGAACGCACUUUCAAGCAUAAGGUGUACGGCGAUGUAUUAACCAUUGUAAUAAGUAGAAGUGAGGGUAAAGGUUAAGAUGCCUUGAGAAAAAAACACAGAUUUAUUCGCGAUUUUAAGUGUUUUGUGGGUUACAAAGCAAUCUGCCCACUGAAAGCUAGUUUUUAGCCCAUUAGGUACAGGAACGCAGUGAAGACCAAUCGUAUUCGGGAUCAGUCAGACGAAAGGUAUACUUUUAAAGUCACUUUUAUACGCUGGGAAGAUACCUUUACCCAGAAUGACGUCAGAGAUAAGGGAAUACAGGUUUUUAUAUCAAUAGAGUUUCUCGCCAUUAAUUUUUGAGAACUGACUAUGCAUUUUGUCAACUUCUAUACACUGGGUUUCUUCUUCUAUCAUAGUAAGACAUCAGAACACUGGGGACUCAUCAGUAUUUUCCACAUAUAGCCAAGAAAAAUGAUGGCAUCGUGAUAAACGUCUCAGAAGACCUAGCUCUGAAAAAUAAUCACAUCCCAGUGUAGUCUUUUAGAAUUGAUUUUGUAUAGUACAGCGUGGCGACGAAUAUGUGACGAGAGACUGCUGGUACAAUUCCUUAAUAGAAUGGAAGGAACUGUAGCAGUUUGACAGAUGUGGCCAUUUUUGAUCACAACCUAGUCGCCAGAAUGCAAAUAAAGGGCAACGAAGUUGGUCAGGUUAGUAUACUUAGACGUUCAAGGCAUUACUAUAGCUUUUCAACCAAAUCGACGUACUAGCACUGCAAUAACAGAGACUACGCAAUUGGAUUGUAAAACCUGAUUCUAGCUCGCUCCUGCGGAAUUAGAUUGCUGUCAACUUUUUGUGAUAAGAGUGGAAGGGACGCCAGUCUGGUUGUUUAUGGAAUCAGUUGUUUACACAUACUUUUGUGUCUGUGUGGUUUCACAAGCCACAUACACUACCUUCGCGAUUUUUAGGAGAAACAUGCACAACUGAACCACUUCUUCCGAACAAGACAUUCAGAAGUGUUUCAAUAGGAGCUAGCCAAAUUGUUCUCUGUGACUCAACUCACCACUGAAUCCGCCAUCAUGGCGGAGAACUGGAAAAACUGCUUCGAGGAGGAACUUAUUUGUCCCAUCUGUUUGCAUGUAUUCGUGGAACCUAUACAGCUGCCUUGUAAACACAACUUUUGCCGGGGAUGCAUAAGUGAGGCCUGGGCCAAAGACACGGGUAUGGUGAGGUGCCCGGAAUGCAACCACGCCUACAAUCAGAAGCCAAAUCUGGAGAAAAACAUCAAACUGACGAACAUUGUGGAGAAGUUCAACGCACUUAAUGUUGACAAAACUCCAGCGAUACUUCAGUGUAUCCUAUGUCGGCGAGGACCGCCUCUUCCUGCACAGAAAGUUUGUCUCCGCUGCAACGCACCUUGCUGCCAGUCCCACGUCCAGACGCAUCUCCAACAGCCCUCUCCCAAUCCCGGGCAUUUGUUAGUUGAGGCCGAGGAUGUGCAGGCCUGGAGCUGCCCUCAACACGAUGAAUACAGACUCUACCACUGCGAGGUAGAACAGGUGGCCGUCUGCCAGUACUGCUGCUUCUCCAGAUGCGCUCCCAACCAUGGACAUGCCGUAUGCGACGUGGAAGUUCGUCGCAAUGACAUACGGCAUGUUUUGCUGAAGCAACAGGACCGCAUCGAGGAGAGAGUGCAGGACAUUGAGGAGCAGCUCUACAAGUUGGAAUCUGACAAACGGCUAGUGGAGGACAAGGUGCAGCAGCUGAAGGAGGAGGUCCGGCUGCAGUACCAGAAGAUGCACCAGCUCCUGGAUGAGGACCUGACCAAGAGCCUGGAGGUGCUGGACAAGGCCAAGUCCAAGUUCGUGCAGGAGAACUCCAGCCAGUGCCUGCAGCUCACUGGCCGGCGCCAGGAGGCCAAGAAGCUGCUAAGCUCCGUGCAGACCGUCUUCGACAAGGCCGACGACAUCAACUUCAUGAAGAACACCAAACCUGUCAAGAUACUAAUGGACAGAACUCAGUCAUGCAUAGGCAAUAGCCUGCCCCCUCAUAAAGUUGGCCAUCUGAACUCCAAAAUCUUCCUCUCAGAGAUCUCCAAGAAGGAGAAAAACCUACGGAAAAUGCUGGAAGCUCCAUUCAGUGCCCCGAGCCACUUCCUGCAGUGUGUGUACCCCUGCAGCCUGAGCAGCUCCGGGUCGGAGAAGCGCAAGCACUCCACCGCCUUCCCUCCAGAGAGCUCGUCCGGGGCCACCGCCUUCCUGGCCGACUCAUCCUCUUCCUCCUCAACCUCGGGGCCCCUGAGUAAGCAGCAGUUCCUCGUCCAGAGUCCCAGUGGCGGAGGCGGCGGUGAGGGCCAGUCCUCCCAGCAGCCCCCAACCAUGCAGGGCCCCUGCGGGUCGGCCGCGGCUGCAGCGGCUGCCCAGCACUCGGCCUCUGUCUUCCCGCCCCCGCCACACCCCUACCCCCCGGCGGGCAGCUCCUCGCAGCAGCCCCUGCUGCCCCAGUACGGCGGCCGCAAGAUCCUCAUGUGCACCAUGGACAACUGCUACUGCUCCAGUGUGCCCUCCGUGUCCAGGCACCGUGCCCACCCGCCCUACCCACGCUCCGGCUCUUUCCCCUGGGCAGUGGGCUCGCAGGAGUACCCCCACGCCCUGCCCUCGGGGCCACCCAUGUCCCAGCCACUCCAGGGCCUGUCCAUGCGGGACUGGAUGGACGCCUCGCAGACGCACAGACACCCCGACUUCUACGGCCUGUACGGCCAGUCAUCCGCCAAGCACUACGUCACAAGCUAACCCCUUAUCCUGCUCACUCGCCUGCGCACACACACACACACACACACACACACACACACACACACUCUCUCUCCAGGGUCAGGACAUUAUAAGGGUUUAUUUGUUUUGUUGUUUUUGGUGUCUUGGUGUCUAGAGUUUGGGUUUAUUUUUGUUUCUGUUCCUAUUUCCUGAUCUUCUAAAACGGUGGGGAAUGGGGAAGUACACAAAUUGACGUGGAGAGAAAGCAAGCUUUGGCAAAAUUAGAGUUUUCCUUUUUCACUCUCUCUUCUCUAUUCUCCUUUUUUUAUAUUUUACAGUCACUUGUCAGCGAAGAAGCAACCUAUCCAUUAGCACUUUCCCAUUGCCCCUGCAAGCUCGCAAUAAAGAGAAAGCAAGAAAAAGAAGUGGAGGAGGAAGACUACGCCACGAGUCUCCACCUUCCUCCCCUCUCAAAUGACAAACAGAUUUGGUAUAACUGCAGGGGUGGCAGACAAGCCAGGAGUCACUUCCCCCUCUGUUUUCAUCCUCUCUCUCUCUUUCUUUCUCUCUCUCUCUCUCUCUCUCUCUCUCUCCCUCCCAUCUCUGUUUCAAUUGGCCCUUUUUCUUACUCUAUUCCCAUCGCUGGCACCACGCCUCCCUCUCCGUGUUUACACUCUCUCCCCCAGCUGUAGUUAAUAAUAACUGGUUUGGCUCGGACGCGCGUGUUUUCGCUACCCUGCCCUCCUCUCCGAGCUCGCUGCCCUCUGGGUGGCCUGCCUGCCGUGGCGGCGGCACCUGGACCCUACCGAGCCGUAACCGAGGACGGAUGAUGGAACCGCGGACUAGCUGGAGUUCCUCACACACAUGCCUUUUACAUACCCAACUUAAAUGGAGGCUUUCAGUGGUUUUGUCAUGUUUACAAUUAUAUAUAAAUAUAUUAAGAAAAUCUAUGCGUAUAUAUAUUUUCCUUUGACUGAAAGGGGAAAGGAGUUUGUCUUAAUUUUGUUUUGGAAGGCACGCCUUCGAGACACCAACCAUGUAAUCUGCACAGAUUUUAUUUCCUGUAUUUUUCACUUGGAGGCUCUCCAUGGACCUCCACCGUUGCGGCACUUGAGACCUGAGCUGGACUCCCACUUCCUGUGUCCAGUGAUGUCACUUCCUGCAUCCAAGCACACAUUACUGCAUGUUCACGCAGUAUCGGUCUGCAAAAGCAGCCGUGUGGUGCUGAAGCCACACUAACUGAAUGCAAAUAUCCUGUUUUAUAUUAGCCCAGUGACUGGUAGGACCAAUCAGAUGUCAGCUUCCACACUGCACAGUUCCUGUCACCAUAGAGAUUCUCUUCCUGUUGGUGACUGUGAGCAUGCAGGAUGGCCUUCACAUGCACUCAGAACCCAAGAGGCUAAAAAUGGGUUUGGACUGUGAACUAGUUGUUGGAAUUCUUUUUACUCAUGAAUUUUAUACAAGGAAAAGCUGUCUGGACUACGCAUUUUGUGCUAUGGAAAAAGUAAAAAAAAUCAGUGUGCUUCAAAAGAGUAUUAAAUGCUGGUUAACAGAAACAUAUACAAUCUUUUUUUGUAAAUAUUUUGUGCAACAGAAAUUGAAGCUCUGAUCAAAGUACAGUUUUAAUGAAUUGUGGUUCAACAAUAAAAGGCGAAACAUAUGGGCAAA